GCUACUUAAGUAUCCGUCAUUCAUAUUGCCAAGGCCUCCUUCCAUAAAUGGGGUAUCUAAGCGCCAGCCUGACGAUCUCCACCCUUCCAUGAAUUGGCCCUCUUUACCUUUUACUUCUUGAUGAGACUCUUUUUGACAUCUGUCCCUAUUAUCUAUCACUUUCUUUCAUACCUUCGUCUAUAGAUCUACGUUUUGUAUCAAACGCAGCCAAUCUACUGGUCGUAUUCACCAGUUCUCAUCAUGGAUCCAAUCUCAACAUCAGCUAGUAUCAUAACCGUUCUAACAGCCGCGACGGGCACAUGUAAGUUUCUCUAUGACUUGAUCCUCGACAUCAAAGAUGCGCCGAAGGAAAUCCAGAUUCAAAGGAAAAAGCUGCAGCAUCUGCAAGUGAGCAUGGAACACCUCUUGAAAGCAUCCGCAAGGCUGCCAAAAGGCUACCAGCUCAAUUCGACUCACCACGGUAUGGUUGCGUUUAUGCGAGACAUCGAAGAGAUACAGGAUUAUCUAGACAGAAGAGCACAAGCUUCAGCACGAAGAGGGGUCUCCCGUGCAAAAGAAAGCUUUAAAUGGUUAUUCGAUCGUCGACUCAGGAAGUUCUUUGAUAAUUUGGAACAUUACGACUUGAUCUUUGGUCAGGCUGUGCGAACUGUCGAAUUUUCGAUGUUAUCUAAAAUAAUGGAACAAACUAGCCCCGUGGCAAGGCCUUGCUGCGAAGUGAGUUCGGAAACCUGCCGUAAAUACGGAUCUGCUUUCACCGUUUCUGCGAUUCCAACGAAACACGACAAAGCAUCUAUACAUACAUUCAUUGAUUCGUCAAAAUUGCAUCAAGCACUGAGAAGUUUAUCCGAAAUGGUCUUUCCAGUAGGUUUAUUGCUUAGGUACCGAAAUCAUGUCAGCAUACCAACCGCCCUAAGAUUAGAGCUCGAAGGUGGGCCGGCGAUAUGCAGACGUUGGUCCCCAAAAGGCCAACAGUACUAUACCUCCAGUGGCUUUACCAUAUCACUGGCUGUUCGAUUCAGUCGCCUUUUCCAUACAAGAUUAGCAGUUGUCCUGUUCUUCGUCCACAAUUCAUCAUGCAUGGGAGGGUUUACUUUAAAGUGUAACCCAUCCAUUUCGAUUAUCUUACCAUGGGAUCAUUCCGCUUUUAAGGCUGUAGAGACGGGAGACAUUGACGCAAUUAGACAGAGAAUCUCGUCAGGAGCACUGAACUUGAAUUCUACCAACCCAGGUGGAUGUACACUUUUACAUUACGCUGUACGCUUCAAUCAAGCAGACAUCCUUUUACUGCUCCAAAGCUGCGGAGCAGAUGUGAACAAAGCAAAUUUUCAAGGCGAAACGCCACUUCAUGUGUCCAUAAGACGGGGUCGUGAUCACGAAUGCACGUGCCGACUCUUAGCCUUGGGGGCAGAUCUGUGCCAACCUGACAGCAGUGGACGUUCAGCACUCCACACCUUCUACAACAGCAUCACUGCAUACGUGUUCCAGUACCACCUUGAUGACAUCGAUACCUGGGCACAGGACAGCAAUGGCAUGACUGUUCUGCAUUAUUUAUCAUGGUCCAGGCGUUCACACCCCCAAGAACUGCUACGAUGCGAUGGGGUAGAUAAUUUUUCGACGACCCGGCGAUCUCCAUCUCACGCAACGUCGCAGCUUGCAAUCAAAGAUCGCCAGGGGAAAUCAAUGCUACAUUACGCCACACGACGUGGUAAUCUAGAUCUCAUCUGUACUCUGCUCCAACGCCCGGACGCUGCUAGUCUCAGUAUGCCGGAUUACCAGGGGCGUAGCUUACUCCACUACGCCACUGAAAGCAGUCGCACAGAAGUAAUUGAUGUGUUUCUUACUAGGGGAGUUGACAUCAACGUCGUAGAUAGCCAAGGCCGAAAUGCAUUACAUCACGCUUGCAUGUGGGGAAACGAAAUCGCUGUAAAGCAUCUGGUUGGACUGGAAUUUGCCCAUCUGCUCGAUGCAGUCGACAAUGAUGGGAAGACUCCGAUCAUGGUGGCUAGUCAUUACAGAUCUCACUCAGUGCUGCAGUAUUUGAGCGGGAUGCGGCAGGUACCUGCACCUAUCGUGGAAAGCGAUCUCGUUGGUUUGGCCGAUUCUUUUCAUUGGAGGAGGUCAAUGCUCCAAUCGUGGAUGAAGUACAGGAACUCGUGCAUCGCAUGGUCCAUGUGUCUCUUGGUCCUGUGUGGACUGCUGUUGUUAGUCAUGACGUUUCACGAGCGCGGAUGUGAGACUCAUAUACGGGGUAAGUGAGGCUAUUCGGAGAUCACGAGUAAGAGGAAAGCCACCAGGAACAGCUCAUCUAGGAAGAUAUAUCAGGGUGACCUGGAGAGGUUGAGGCAUCAUUCAUCUAUCUCCGGAGGCCUAUCGACAAUGGCGAAUAUCGACCUAUCCUAACAGGUCACCGGUUGCAGGUCGUGCCUACGAUGGCCCCGACUCUACAGGAGUCUUUACGCAACAAUAACCACCCAGUAUCCUCGUUUGGCAAGAAUCAGGUUAUCCUACUAGAUAUAAGAAUUAAAAAUCCGUAUCAUCCUUAUGUAUCUGUCG